GGACGCAGAUGUCCCAGACAGCGAUGGAUUUACCAGAAUAUAUCAAACAAGUCCUCUGAAGAUCUGAAUACCAGCCGAGAAGAAGGAGGGAAAAGGAGAGCAUCAGUUAGAGUUAGAGAAAAAAGAAAGAAAGACAAAACAGAGAUCAAAGGAGGCGAUUAGCGUCAUAAGAAUUCCUCAGUCAAAGGAGACGGAUUUAACAGAUUUGUAACCUUGCCUCUGUGAUUAUGAUGGGACGCUACAUCGCACAGAUGUUGGUGCUUGUCCUUGCUGUCCUCCUGGUGCUUGGUGUUGGCGUGUCAUUGGGUCAGAACGACACUGAACCCGUGGUCCUUGAAGGGAAAUGCUUGGUGGUGUGCGACUCGAACCCGUCAUCAGACGGUGGUGUGACGUCAGCGCUUGGCAUCUCAGUGCGCUCAGGGAGUGCCAGGGUAGCAUUCUCGGCCAUCAGGGGCACCAAUCAUGAGCCGUCUGACAUGAGCAACACCUCCACCACCAUCUACUUCGACCAGGUUUUAGUGAAUAUCGGCAACCAUUUUGACUUGAAGGCCAGCGUGUUCACGGCACCGCGGAGGGGAAUUUACAGUUUCAGCUUCCAUGUGGUGAAAGUCUACAACAGACAAACCAUCCAGGUGAACCUGAUGCACAACGAAUACCCCAUCAUAUCUGCAUUCGCCGGAGACCAGGACGUCACACGGGAGGCGGCGAGUAACGGAGUGUUACUGAUGGUGGAGAGGGAGGACCGGGUUUAUCUCAAACUGGAGCGAGGGAAUCUCAUGGGCGGAUGGAAAUAUUCCACCUUCUCUGGAUUUUUAGUUUUUCCUCUCUAAGUACUCUAAACAACUGCUGACUCUUUUUUCAAAAGAGCUGGGAGGUAUUCAUAAUAUGCUGAAUAAGGACCCUGGAGUUUGUGCAUUAAUCUUAUAUAACCAGAGCAAGAGGAACCCGUUUGGAUUUUAUUGUUGGCGGAAAAAAAAAAUCAAAUCUUUCACCUAAGAACGAAAGCGGACAACUAUAUACCCAUGAUGAAGAUGAAGAACUGGGAUCCCGGACUUCAUAUAUUUAUAUUGACCAAUGCUUUUCGUUGUGUUUGUAGAGCCUUAAAGAUCGAUGUGAGGUUGAUUGUGGAGCUGCGGACCUUCCCUAUUCGAACAACAUGUUACUAAAGCAAAUUUGUUUUUGCACGAAUGGAAGAUCUUGUUUGUCUGUGGUGUUCAUGAUGUUUCCUUUGGACGCUGAACAUAUUCAACAUUAUGCCACACAUAGGCUGCCUAAUAUACAGUGAUUAUUAAAAGAGAAAAAAUAUAUAUAUAAAUAUAUUAUAUUCAGCCAAUGGAGACAGUUUAAAAACUGAAGGUCUAUCUGAAUUUAUACAGUACAUAUUAUUCACAUGGUGUGUUC